AUGUGGACUGUUGCCUUUGUUGCAGCUGAGCAGCUGGAUGCCCAUGAAGUGACAUACAAGCGCUUCAGGAGCUGGAUCCUCCAGAGGAGCAGCACAGGGCGUCCGACUGCGAGUACACCGGCGGCCCCUUGGCGGCAGCAGAGCUUUGAGUUUGAUGCAGUCUGUCAGAGGCUGGAGCUGGAUUCCCCACCGAGGAACCGUGAAUCAGCAGAGAGCGUCCUUUGGAGAAACCCUCCAGGUUCUGACGGGAGAAGACGUGAUUUGCAGCCGUUUGGCGUCUUGAACGAUGCGUCUGGGGGUCAGUCAGUGAUGCAGUUGGGGGCGCCAUCGCUGCAGAACGACUACUACACUGAUCUCCUGGACUGCAGCUGUGACGGUCUGGUGGCGUUAGCUCUGGGCUCCUCUGUUCACCUUUGGAAUUCAGAAACCUGUACUCUGAUGGGACAUUUGGACCCGAGUCCACAACCACCAGGAGGAACCCACCGCCGGUCCAUCUCGUGUCUGCGCUGGAGCGGGGACGGCAGAACUCUGUGCAUUGGGACCAGACGAGGGGAGACGCAGUUGUGGGACGUCGAACAGAAGCAGAGCGUGAGGCGUCUGCCUUCACACCUGGCUGUGGUCGGAGGCCUUUCCUGGAAGCAGCAGUUACUCAGCAGCGGCUCAGUCCUCGGACACAUCCACCACCUGGACCCUCGGGCCUCUUGGCCUCUGGUGGGUGCAGCCGUCCAGAAGGAGGGCAUCUGCAGCCUGCAGUGGUCGCCGGGGGGCGACUGGUUGGCCAGCGGCUCCACGGAGGGGCUCCUGCACAUCUGGGAUAGCGACGUCGCUGGAGUGGAAAGGUCACGUCAGCCAAUCAUGACAGUGAAACAGCCCAGUGCUGUCAAGGCGAUGGGAUGGUGUCCAUGGCAACGACAGGUGAUCGCCACAGGAGGGGGAUGGAAGGACGGACAGCUGAGAAUCUGGGACACUCAGUCGGGCUCCUGUGUGACGUCCGUCAGCACGAAUUCACAGAUCUGCUCCUUAAGAUGGGCUGAAAAGAAGCGAUAUCUGAUCACUGGUCACGGCCUUCCUCAUCACCACGUCGCCUGCUGGACGUGGAAGUUUCCCUCCCUCGGCCCGGUCCACCAGCUUAAAGGUCAUUCUCAUCGAGUCCUGCACUUGGCCGUAAACCCGGACAACACUCGGAUCUUCUCAGCCGGAGCAGACCAGCGCUUCCACGUCUGGGAUCUGUAGUUAUCAUCCAACGGGGCCGGUGCAUGUUGUCGGGUCACAUGGUACCCACAGCUCGCUUUCUUCUUGAGAAACUGCACAUUUCCUGCCUCCUAUCCCGAACUAACCACAAGACCAAAGCCGUCCAACCAUCACUUCACACCAGCUGUCAUGUUUCGUGUCUUAGAGGAUACAACAGACAUCAUGUAAUAUUCAAUUAUUAUGAAUUGUUGUGCUGAAUACACUGAAAUUCGGUUAGAAAAUUCAGUCCAACACAGAAAAUACAAAACUGAAUGUCAUCACAGAUUAUUUAUCAGUGAUUUAAGUAACUUCUGACAAAAUAUUGACUUCUGUAGAUUGUUUUAAUGCAUGUUUGACACAUUAAAGGGCGUCUCAUGGAAAACAGCA